AUGCCACCAAAAGUGUCUGGUGCCGAUCGCUUGUCGGCAAAGUCUCAAUACAUGCGCGCCUUGAGAGACUGCAACGAUAGGGUCGACGUCAAAACCCAUCCCGAGUUGCAAAUCUCGCUGGCCAGGCUGAACGCGAUUAAGGACAAGUUGGAAGCUAACACACACUCUUCUCAUCAGAAUGGAGGCAGCAAUAGAUACAACGCGGCCGUGAAUAGAGACAUCCAAUCCAUGGAGAACAUUGGUCGUUCACUUCCAGAGGAUGUCGGUCUGUGGAACUUGUUGCUUGAGUCCAACACUGUCUCCGCAAAGACAGCCAUGCCUAACGCCGAACAUCGACCUGUCCUGGCACCAUCACAGCCUAUGUUGGUUGAGCAUACUGCUCCCGCAACGAAGGCCACACCCAACAUCGAACAUCGACCUCUCUUCCCGCAAAUGCAGCCGCCCCUGUUCAGCACAGGCGCUCCUACUACUGCCAACACUGGCUCUCCAGAACGCAAGUUCGCAGCAGCGCGACCGCGUGCGCACGCGGUCGGCUCGAGCGCUUUCGCACCGAACAUCGUCAACACGGGCGGAGUCUUCGCGACUGCUUUUCGCCCUCAACAGUCGAUCUUCACCUUCGGAGCUUCGAAGCUCGAGCAAGAGGGCAGCAAUGAUGGAGAUGGAGACCGAGAGAAAAACCCUGAGCCGCCCAAGAGGCUAGGUGCAAUUGCUGGAAAGACAUUAGGCAGUGACAUCGCCGACGAGCACAACAUCGCCAACCAGCCGGCGCUUUUUGAUGAAGAUGCAAUGGCCAUGGAACUCUCGCUCACCCCGCCACCGGCAGUGAAAGCUCCGCCGAAGGUCGCAUUUGGAGCAGGCGUGCCCGCACCUGUGCAGCAGCCAUCGCCUCGUGCAAAUGGACAGGGUUCCAAUGAUGCAAUGGACGUAGAUUCAGGAGAGCCAGCUCCCGUUCUGGGCACUGGUGUUGGUAAUGCGACAGGUGGGACCUCUCUUGCACCCUCGCAGGUUGUCCCAGAGACUCGCACUCAAACAGUGAUUCUACCAAAGCCUGGUACUAUCUCGGUCAUGGGAGGGAUGCGCAAAAACGCUGCACCCAAAGCACCCGUGAUCAUGCCGCAGUAUUCAAUGGCUGGUCCAGACUUUCAGUUUGGAAGCACUCCAAAUGCUCCAGCUCAGCCGAAUGUUCCUCAGACUGAGACUCCUGCGAACGUCGCUCCUUUGUCAAAUGCCACGCCUGCGUUAUUGGGUGAGACGGGUGUCUCAAACCAGGUGGAUGUUCCUAAGUCUACACUGCCAGCAGCACCACCUAUGGCUACAACUGCGCCUCCGCAAAAGCUUCCUGCAGUCGCUGAGAACCUCCAGGAUACCCGAUCGGAAGACACAACAGGCGCUAGGAACGGCGGUCAAUCGACAGGCCCACCCGACGUCUCGCAAGCGAGCUCCGAGACAGCAACACCUGCGCCAGCAUCUGGUAACGAUUCGCAACUCUCACAGAUGGCUGCCAUGCUUCAGACCCUUCAAACGCAGCUCUUGAGCUUGCAGAUAGCACAGAAGUCAACUGAGCACAGGCAUGCCAGCGAUGUGAAGGUGCUCACCGAGCAAAACACCGCACAUGCGUCCAGGAUUACGGCGCUCGAAGGCCAAAUGCAAGCUCAGCAAGCGAAAGCUUCAGCAGAUAUUGUUAACCUCUCCGAAAGGUGCAACAGCCUUGAGAAGAGCCAAGCAGCUCAUGUCGAGACUGCGAAGAGGCUCGAUGAACUUGAAAGGGCUGUUGCAUCUCGAGAGGAAGCCGCAAAAGAACAGCAGAUGAAGCUGCAGGUGGAGAAAAUGGAGACUGCUGCUCGAGACGCUGCUAGGGAGCAUGCACCGCUUGGCACUGCCAUUGCAGCUGAGAAGAAGGCUUUUGCCCCAGAAGCCGAUGCAUCGAAGACGUCGACGCAAAUUGCGAUCGAAAAGCCUGUCGUGGAGGUCGAGAUUGUUCAGAGCACCACCGAGGCUCCAAAGAAAGACGCUGUCAAGAAGACUGAAUCAGUCUCGGAGGUCAAGCAAGAUACUCUCCCUACUGAGGCCGAUAUCUACCGAAAGAAGAUCAACACGGAGAUCAUCCGAAAGCCAUUUGACAGCAACGGUAACUCCGCCUCUCUCCUCGACCUUCGCCCUCGACGUGCGAUAGAGCCAUCUCCCAUGUUCGGUCCGUCAUCGCAAGCUGUUGCCGAGAUCCAAUCUGAGCCCGUCGCUGAGAUCCAGUCUGAGCCUGUCUACGAGGCGGCGAAAGAGCCUGUCCGCAAGCACGAUUCCUCCAAGGGUUCCUACGGUCUUGACUACAGCUCCGAUGAGGACGAGACGUCCUUCGAGAGUGAAGACGCCCUCGUCUAUCGUGAGGAACUCGCCGCCCUAAACGCUCUGUUGGAUAGCAAGGACCACGUGGGAAGUGUGAAUCUUUGUCUCGCGUAUCUCAAGUCCAUCAAGGCGGUGGGGGUUAGCUUGCCUAAGGGCAGCAAGGAGAGGAAAGACAUGUAUCGGUUUUCAAGGGAUGAGGAUGUUAGGUUGCGGACCAAGGUGAAUGGUGUUGCGAGGGCUGAUUGGUUGUCUGUCAACGACAAGUGGGUGAUUGAGAUGCUCUGCAAGCAGCGUUGA